CUAUCAACUAUUCAGCCUGGAUUAAACGAGGAAGUAGACGUCCCAAGAACUGGACGGAGCUGGCAAAGCUAGCCGCUCUAAUCACGUAUCUGCUCUAAUCACAUAUCGGCUCUGUCCUGAGAUUGUUUCCGGACGGGUUUCUAAAUAUUUUUGGGGCUUUACUGCCCAUGCAGGAAGACAGGCAGCUGUCAUGUUAACCGAGCAGGUUGAAUGUGGAGGCUCUUCCUUCCUCCGGGUUUAGGAUGUCGGAGGAACUCGCUAGUUCCGCCCGAGGUCUUCUCAACGCCGCUGCUGCUUCAUAGGUUGGCUGUCGUUGGACACUCAGCUCAGGAAUGACCAUGCACAGUACUGGAUCAUUCCAAGACCCCCCGCAGGGCGCAGGGGAACGCGGGGAGCUGGUACACACGUCAUCCAAAGAGACUCCCGGUUCCCCGGAUGUCUCUGAGUUGGGGAGCCCUCGCUGUACUCCAAACUUUGACCUCCUCAACAUGGUUGUGUCCUAUAAGAGAAUGGCUCUGUUUCUGGAGCCAGUUGCAGAUGCAGUGGAGCUCACCCGCUUCCUGCUCGGGUGGAAGAUGCCACUGUGCUCGCUGCUUGUUUGCAUAUUCCUCAAUGUCUUCUUCUGCACAGUCAAUGAAGCCGGCUGGUUCACCGUGAGUGUGGUGGCAGUAUCGGCGCCUGCUGCCCUGGGUUACCUGCAGGACAGGUGUGGGGGCAGAACCUCAGAAGCUGAGCUCCAGAGGAGGCGCUAUCACGCUGUGCACCGCAGAGACCUGCAGACAGUGCAUCUCACCAAACAGGAGGCCAUGCUGGAAGUCAAAGACCUGUUGAAGCACCUGGAUGACAUGCUGUCCUCAGCCUGUCAGUCAGCAGAAGCUGUUUACAAGGUCCUGUACUGGGACAGUCACACCAAGUCGUCCAGGUUCUAUGGAGGGAUGUUAGUUGUGGUAUGCCUGUUCUAUGUUGCUCCUGUGGGCUGGGUGCUCGCUGGGCUCAACACCGCCGUCUUUCUUUGGAACAGAGACUUCUUCGGAGUGUUGCUGGACCUUAGGAAGCUGUUUCACCUGGGUCAGACGCAGGCCUCAGAGGGGGAGUGUGAGGAGCAGGAACAGGGCAGCUUACUGGACCGGACCCCGACACCAACUAGCGUUGAGGACCUGUCUCCUGGCAGUGUAGAGGAGGCUGAGGAAGCAGAGCCUGAUGAUGAAUUUAAGGAUGCCAUUGAGCAAGCCGACAGACAUGAACAUUCGGUUUCUCUGCAGGAAACCCCUUUGGUCUUAGUGGAGGAUGAUGACGGGCCUCUUGGAGCUCCUGAGUAUGACACCAUCUCCGAAAAUGGUCUUUUGAGUCGCAACGAACCAAUACGCAGCAAGGUGUCUAAACUGACGGAGAAGCUGCGCAAACGCUACCCUACCACCGCCACAGGCAACUGCUCUAGCUGCAACGCUGUCUUCUCAGUCCUAAAGAAAAGGAGGAGCUGCAGUAACUGUGGCAACAGCUUCUGCUCGCGGUGCUGCUCCUUCAAGGUGCUGAGAUCUUGCAUGGGGGCAACAGCUCCAGAGGCGCAGAGGGAGACCGUGUUCGUUUGUGCUGCCUGUAACACUUCUCUCAACAAGUUAUAAUAAGAUGGCAUGUUAGUUUUAUCUCUUAGCAGCCAUCAGUUCCUUCACUGUUUGCUUGUGAGCUCCUUUACUGAAACCCAACCCACAAGCCUCGUUUUUCAAGUCAAUGCACUUAAAUCUGUCAAGAUACCUCCCAAGUGGAACGCCUUUACCCCCAGACCUUUGCCAGUUGCAUCCCUCUUUAGCCUGUGGUGUCGCUUAUGAGGCUUCUACUGUAAUAUGUUAGGUGUUUCCUAUGAAUCAGUGAGACUUGAAAUGAGCACAGUGGCUCUAGGACCUACUUCUUUCCCCCUUUCUUAAAAGAGCGAAGUACAAAGCAUGUAGAGGCCAGGACCCAGCAGGUGGUGUCGGCUGAUACAGAUAGCAUAAAGGAUGUCAUUUGUAACUCUGUUCCUCAGCACAAAGUUGAUUCCACUUGAAUGUUGAUGCUUUCAGUCCUCUGUAGCAGAUAGACUGCUAACGUUUCUGAACAAAAACUGCGGCUGCACUGUGAGGCCACCACACACUAUGCUGUGUGGAGAAGCUGGAAAUGUACCCCCCAAACAAAGCUGAAUUUGGUGUUUUCAAAUCAACAAAAGAAUAGGACUUCCAACCCAAAGACGUUUUGCGUUUGGCUUUGAUCAAAUGGUGUUUGCCCACCCUGGUUCGCUGUCUGCUAAUGGACUUUGACCUGCAGUCGUCAACAGCGUCAUGAGAUCAUCCCCCAAUUUAGGUCUCAUGUAUUUGCCCAAGAGCUGGUCUUCUUGUAAUGAUUCAAAUUGUCCAGUUCUCAUGUGGAUGUGUCUAAUGAGCUUUAUGUGUAAUAUGGCGACAGCCUUUGAGUGUAGACGUCUCUGAAACUCUCUGCUUUUCCUCUAACUGGAUCAAAGUCUACCCAACUGGACUGAAGGUGUUUGAAUGGACUGAGAAACCAGCUGAAAGUGUCAUCAGAGCCUCACACUAUCACAAGCAGGACUUGACUAGAAGAACUGAUGUUGAGGCGUUGAAGCCCAGGAAGUGGAUCCUGGUGGCAAACCAGCUGUUUUAAUCAUGAUUCAGACACGGACGAUUGUAACCGUUUGCUUUGCUUUUAUUGUAAUCACUUGCAUAAACCGUUACUGUAAAUGUUCAAAAUGUUCUUUAUCUAAUAUAUUUAAUUUAAAACAACAGAAAGUGCAAGUUAUUAUUUGACUUAAGGAUUUAUGCUGUAAAUAUUGCCCUUUAUUUUAAAGGUUGGAAUAUGCCGUUACUGAAAUAAACUAUGUGAAGAUUUAACUAAUUUAAAGAGA